AUGACCGCUUUUGAUCGGUUGAUAUGUGAGUCCUCUGAUUUCCAGUUCCUCGUAAAUUUUUCUCGUGAUGUUUUUGACUCUCUUUUCAUCUCUCAAUUUGCAGAUACACGUAAUAAUAGCUUACUUAUGGAACUUGCCAAGACGGUUGCUACCAGAGGUUCCAUAUUUCCAGAGAGAGUUGCAAUAAGAGCUGACAAAAAAAGUUACAGUUAUCAUCAGCUGAUAUUAUCCGCUAAGAAGAUCUCUAACUUGUUAAAUGGUGCUAAUUUAAAAUCCGUAAAUGGAGUGGGAGAGAAUAAAUAUCCUAGUGGAGCUCGGGUCGGGAUUGUAGCUAAACCUUCACCGGAAUUUGUUGCCGGAGUACUCGGAACAUGGUUCAGCGGAUGUGUUGCUGUCCCUCUUGCACUUAGCUACCCAGAGGCCGAACUACUUCACGUCAUGAAUGAUUCGGAUAUCGCAAUGAUUUUGAGUACUGAGGAUCAUCUUGAAAUAAUGAAAGCUGUUGCGGCUAAGACUUCUUCUCUAUUAUCCAUUCUUGCCCCUGUUCCAGACAUAGUGGCAAACUCCAAUGAGAUUGAUCCCAUGAAAAACGGAGAAAUCGAUAAAAAUGAAAAUUAUCUGGAGACAAGAGGAGAUGACCCAGCAUUAAUCAUAUAUACAAGUGGCACUACCGGAAAACCUAAAGGAGUUGUGCACACACAUAAAGGUGUCUUAGCACAGGUUCAAAUGCUUACUGAAGCAUGGGGUUACACGUCGACUGAUCAGUUCUUGCACUGCCUGCCGCUACAUCAUAUCCUCAAAAGGCAUGCUUUCUGCUUAAGGUUGCUAUGUUUAAUUAAAUACUUGUUUUAUAAAAAGGUUGAGUUCAUGCCUAAAUUCAGCGUGAGGGGAAUCUGGCAGAGAUGGAGAGAAUCUUAUCCAGAGGACCAAACUAAAACAGAUGAUGCUAUUACUGUGUUCACAGGAGUCCCGACCAUAUACUCACGUUUAAUACAAGGGUAUGAAGCUAUGGAUCCUGAAACAAAAGCUGUUUCUACUGCAGCUGCCAAGCAGUUACGGCUCAUGAUGUGUGGCUCGUCUGCUCUCCCUCUUCCAGUUAUGCAACAAUGGGAAGCUAUCACCGGGCACGUGCUUCUAGAACGAUAUGGCAUGACCGAGUUUGUCAUGGCAAUAUCAAACCCGUUAAAUGGCAAGCGUAAAGGAGCUACAGUUGGCAAGCCACUUCCUGGUGUGGAGGCCAAGAUAAUUGCAGAAGACGGUAAUGUGGAGGUAGGUGAGCUUUGCAUCAAAAGCCCUUCAUUGUUCAAGGAAUACUGGAAGCUUCCGGAGGUGACUAAGGAGUCAUUUAUCGAUGGUGGGUUCUUCAAAACUGGAGAUGCAGCUCGGGUGGAUGAAGAUGGAUACUAUGUCAUAUUGGGACGUACUAAUGCUGAUAUUAUGAAGGUUGGGGGAUAUAAAUUAUCUGCUCUGGAAAUCGAAGCAGUUCUUUUAGAGGAUAGAAAAAUCCCGAUCCCCAUCCUUAGUUUGACUCCGAGAUUGACUUUCUUGCCGGCUAGCUUCGAGGCGAGAGGUAGGAUCGCGCGGUCGUACAAAAUGAUCCAUAGGGUUAGGGUUACAAUGUCGAACAUGCCGAACGAGCUAGCCGGGAUUUCGAAGCAUCAUGUGAUGUGGCGGUCCAUCGAGCUGGCUUGA